UUUGCUUUGUUACAGAAAUUCCUGAAUGAUGCAAAAAAAUACUAUGAAGCCGGACUGGAGAAGGUGGACUUCAAGAAGAAUUCAGAAGCUGCACGUGUCAACAUCAACAAAUGGGUGGAGAAAAAAACACAAGAGAAGAUCAAGGACUUGUUGCCACCACAAGGUGUUGAUGAAACUACAAAACUGGUCUUGGUGAAUGCCAUCUACUUCAAGGGGAACUGGGAGAAGAAAUUCUCAAAAGAAGCCACCAGAGAUGGACAGUUUAAGAUGAACAAGACUCAAACUAAACCAGUGAAGAUGAUGAGACAGAAGUCAAAGUUUCCUCUGGCCUUCAUCCCAGAGAUGAACAGUCAGGUUCUGGAGCUGCCGUAUGUCGGGAAGAAUCUCAGUAUGUUAAUCAUCCUUCCUAACGAGAUUCAAGGUGAAACCACUGGCCUUCAAAAGCUUGAAAAGGCACUGACCUAUGAGAAGCUCAUGGAGUGGACCAAAUCCAGCAAGAUGCUUCAAGAGGAAGUUCAAGUAUCUCUGCCCAAAUUUAAGAUGGCAGAAACCUACGGGAUGGUGCAGUUUCUGCGCAGCAUGGGAAUGGAGGAUGUUUUUGACCCACAGAAGGUGAAUCUUUCAGGCAUGUCGUCCAACAACAACCUGGCGGUGUCAAAUGUGAUUCAUAAAGCCUUUGUUGAAGUAAAUGAGGAAGGAACUGAAGCAGCUGCAGCCACCGGCAUCACCAUCACAACAACGUCAAUGCCAUUACCCCCGAAAACCUUUAUUGCAGACCAUCCAUUCCUUUUCUUCAUCCGUCAUAAUCCCUCCAACAGCAUUCUGUUUUAUGGACGCAUCUGUUCUCCUUGA